ACUGGGUGUGACCAUAAAGCAUGUGAAACAAAGGGAGAGUGCCUGCUUGCUUUGUCUGCCUGCCUGCUUGCUGCCUGGCUCUUCAACUGGAGAGGGAUAGAAGGCUUCUGUCAGGCUUUGUCGUUUCCCACAGUAAACACAGGACUAGCAGCAACCAGGUGAGACCGGCUCUUAUCUGCUCUCUCUUUUGCAGCGCCAACAGAGGGAAGGGACCCUGCAGUGCCAUGAUUGACACUCUGUAUCAGUGGUUCUGGUGGGACCGGAUCUGGUUGCCGGUCAACUUGACAUGGGCCGACCUUGAAGACAGAGAGGGGCGUGUCUAUGCCAGAGCCUCACACCUGUACGUCACAGUGCCCUACGCCAUAGUCUUCCUACUCAUUAGAUACCUGUUUGAAAGGUUGAUAGCAACACCGCUAGCAGCCUCAGUGGGGAUCAGAGAGAAAGUCAGGCUGAGAGUGGAAAACCCCAUCCUGGAGCUCUGCUACAUCUCUCACUCCAGAAACCCUACACAGGCAGACAUUGAUGGGCUGUCUAAGAAAAGUGGCUGGUCAGUCAGGCAGGUGGAACGCUGGUUCAGAAGGAGACGCAACCAGGACCGACCUGGAGUGCUCAAGAAGUUCAGAGAAGCCAGUUGGAGGUUGGUCUUCUAUCUGUUUGCAUUCAUUGGAGGAAUAGCAGCCCUUCAUGAUAAAGAGUGGUUUUAUGAUACACGUAAAGUAUGGACUGGUUUUCCACAGCAGUCCAUGUUGGAGUCUCAGUACUGGUAUUACAUCCUGGAGCUGAGCUUCUAUGGGUCUCUCCUCUUCAGCGUCACCGUGGAUGUGAAAAGGAAGGACUUCAAGGAACAAAUUAUUCACCAUGUCACCACCCUGGUCCUACUCUCCUUCUCCUGGUGUGCCAAUUACAUCCGCAUAGGAACUCUGGUCAUGCUCGUCCACGACGCCUCUGAUAUCCUGCUGGAGUCUGCCAAGUUGUUUAACUACGCUAAAUGGGAAACAACCUGCAACACUCUCUUUGUUGUGUUUACGGUUGUGUUCAUGGUUACACGACUCGUCAUUUUCCCAUUCUGGCUAAUCCACUGCACUUGGGUGUACCCUCUUGAACACUAUGAUGCGUUCUUUGCCUACUAUUUCUUCAAUGCGAUGCUGGUGAUCCUCCUCUUCCUGCACAUCUUCUGGGCCUACCUCAUCCUACGUAUGGUCAAGAAGUUCCUCUUUGGCAACUUAACCGGAGAUGUGAGAAGUGAAAACGAGGAGGAGGAGGAUGAAAAUGGGAGCAUUUCUACAGAGGAAGAAGAGAGACACCACAGAACAGGCAACGGUGUGGGCAGGGCCACCAAGGAGGGAACCAAUGGAUGCUCUGGACGCUUAUCCAUGUCUGAAAACAUCUGUCAGUCAAAGACUGUGUACUAACCAGAAACUCAUCCUCACUGGUUGAGUCCUGCACACAAAACAUGGUGCGGAGGGAAGGGAGGGGUGAUGAUGUGAGUAAUCGGACAAUGUUAAACAGAUCCUGUCCCAUCUAGACAAAAAAAAAAGUAUUUCUCCAGUACAUGGAGUGUGACCUAGUCCAACAAAAAUGGCUCUGUCCGUCAGAGCGUCCAUACAUGGAGCAGUGCACGUAGAGGCUGACCUUACUGUGUUCUAUUCAACUCCAAACGAUGACAUGCUCUUCUGUUUGAGGAGAGCAGUGUUGUUGAUGGCACAGCUUCCCAUGUAGGCCCUUCAGAAAGAUAAACACCCCGAGAGUGGAACUGGGCAACCAAACACACAGCCCCGUGUUUGCUAUCGUCAUCAUAUGUAAUUGGUUCCGUAUUGUUUCAGAAACACAGAGUGAGCACAUCAUAUUAGUCUGCCCGGGCCCCUGUGUCUCAGCCCCUUGUCGAUCAAGACCUGCUGGGGUUUAUGGGCUGCGUUCGCUUGCGGCAUGUUUUAUCUCAACCUGUGCUGGGGUUGUUUAUGGUUAAAGAGAGAUGAAUGGGGCCUGAUAUCACUUGUGACUCCUCCAGAUAAGAUGGUCGUAUCUCUCUGCUUGUCCUCUCUGACCACAGUAAAGCGCUGCUGAACUCAGCCACUUAUAGCCCGUACUAUUAGGUCUUACUUCUUAACUGUGUUGGCUAGCACCAAGCAUAACUACAAUGUACUAUUGUAGUUGGGGUAGUUGGGUUAUUGGGGGUAAGAUGGCUAAGUGGUUAGGAAAUCGGGCAAUUAAUCAGAAGGUUGCUGGUUCGAUUCCUGGCCGUGCCAAAUGACGUUGUGUCCUUGGGCAAGGCACUACUUGCUUCGGGGGGAAUGUCCCUGAAUGUCCCUGUAAUCUGUAAGUCGCUCUGGAUAAGAGUCUGCUAAAUGACUACUUGUACUAUGCUGUGCCAUUUUAUACCUUCUCAUACAUACUGUACAGUGAACACCUGUAUCAUUUCAUUGUACAGUACAGCAUAUGGUACAUUCUGAACAAAUUGUGUUUUUUGACCCACAGCCAUAAUUGAGGUCUGAAUUAUAUUUAUUUUGUAUUGAAGUAUUUUAUGGAUUCACAGGAGAGUGUAAAGCAGACUUAUGAAGAAACAUUUCUGCAGCAUUUAGAAAAAUCUUUUUUGAAUGAGGCAUGACAGAAUGAUUCCGAAGUCCCAAAUAUUGAUUCAAAUGUUCUCAAAUAUUGUAUUGUUUUAUGUAGGAUAUUUUAUAUGCCAAUGAUGGAUCAAACAUCCAUUUUGCAAGUCUGGGUUGUUUUAUAAUUUUCAAAAAGAAAAGGUAAGACUGACAGUGGAGAUUCCACUACAACUGUCUGUAAUCUCAUAUGCCAAUAAAAUCAUUUUAUUGGCUGACA